AUGCGGGAAGAGCAAUCGCCGGCGGCUGCGACUGCUUUUCAGGCCCCCGCGACCGGCGCUCAGCCCAUUCCGACCGACUGCGGCGCCGCGCGCUGUGAGUCGCCUCAGAGCACUCCUGCGGAGAGAUCCCCGCCGGCGGCGGCGGCGGCGGCGGCGGCUGCUGCUAGUACUCAAGUUCAGCAAGCGUCCGGCGCUCAGGCCCUUCCGCCGAGGGACUGCAGCACGCCGCAUUGCGACUCGGAGUCGACUCAAAACACACCUGCUGAGCGAUCGCCACCGGCGGCGGCGAGUUCUACUCAAGUUCGGCAAGCGUCCGGUGCUCAGGCCCUUCCCAGCGACUGCAUCGCGCGAAUCCUCUGCCUUCUAACGAACGCCGCGCACGUGGCACGAGCAGGCGCCACGUGUCGCUCGUGGUGGCGCUGCUACAGAGACGUGGUUCGUCCGUCAGCCUGCCACGUGUCACUCGCGCUGAACCCGCUUUCGCUGGAGUGGAAGCCAUUGCUCAGACAGUCUCUAUUGACGCAGUCGUCUGCAUCGCGCGAAUCCUCUGCCAUUUCGCAGUCGCUGCUGCGGCUGCCUUUCCGCCAGUUCCGAAAUGCUCGUCCAGAUUCAAUGAAUCAGCGGGUGGAUUUCACCAGUUCUGCUGCGGCAGAGGGAGGAUUCGAUUCGUAUAGGGAUGGUCGGGACGCGCGCCGUUGCUUGAAUGAGCUUCAAACGUCGCUUUCAUCGUUCAUAGUACCAGCUAAAGCCGACAUCUCGUCGGAUGCUGCGGCUGCUCAUAACGAAGCAUCAGCUUCUCUGCCUUCCCUGGAAGCGUCUGGCGGCAGAUUGGACUCGUUAGCUUCACGCUCCUUGGCGUUAUCCUCGUUACAAGACGUGCUUCGACUCGAUACGCCUCUGAGUCCCAGAUAUUGGCCUCUGAACCGUGUUGCCUCAUUGCUGCGAAGCUUCCCAGAGCUCACAUCCCUCCACCUCCCGUUUCUGUCUCAUCUCGGUGCUGGCCCCUCCUUGGGGGAGGGCACUGACGCCGGAUGUGACUAUAUCGAUGCCAUCUGCCACAUUGUUGCCCGCUGCUGCCCGUCCCUUCGCCAUUGUCACAUCGAGUUCGGUCGGCAGGUGGAAGGCGACAGAAAGAGCCGAUGGCACCCGUUACAGGCCACAGGCACGCGCUCCCAACCUCCUGAUACAGUCCCUCUCCCCUCCAAUAGCAGAGGCCGAAUCUUCAAUGCCGCUGCCGAGGACAAUCAAAACCCGACUGACAACAUUGGGGAUUCAGAAAGUACUGGCAACAGCCAAAACCCAGAAUCCCAUCCAGAUUCAGUUCACGGUCUCAUGCUAUUGCUCCAACGAUGCUCACACCUCACUUCCCUCCACCUCCUCACCUCCAACUUCUCCCCCUCUUCCUCCUCCACCUCAUCCUCCUCCUCCUCCCCCUGUCUACACUUUGCUCCGUCCCUCGACCUCCCGCCUUCCCACAACCACUCGCUCUCCACCAUUCACCUCCCUCUAACCAUCAUCCCUCUCCUCUCCCGCCUCUCCCACCUCUCGCUCUCACUCAAAACCAUCCCUCCCUCCCUCCUCCCCUCCGUCCCGUCUCUCAAAUCCCUCACCCUCCACGUGUCAGAUCCUGCUUGCACCGUCACCUGCUCCUCCGCCCCAUUCAGUCACCUCUCGUUACUGUCACAUCUGGAGCUGCAAAUGGGCUCUGAUUGGGAGAAAGCCUACCCAGUCCCGAGGCUCUACGAAAACAUGUUUUCAGGUCUUCAAGACACUCUCACCUCCCUCGCUCUCACCCUCCCUUUUAUGGCACACCUUCCACUUUCGAUAUGGGAACUAUCUGCCCUUCGCUCUCUUUCCAUUCGCAACCCGGCCUUUCAACCGGGCGUGCAGAGGCAUGCUUAUGAGGCAGGCGUGUCCGGGUUGCGGCAUUUGUCCUGUCUGCAGCUGCUGGGUCACCCGGUGCCCGGACUGAUGAUGGCGGCACUUGGUGAAACCCACCCGGAGACAACAGGAAGGGAUGGGGUAGAUCAACAGCAGCAUCAGCCGCAGGAGGAACAGCUAGGGAUUGGUGGGAACGAGCAGCAGCAGCAGCAGCGGGGUGGGCAGGGAGGUGAGGAGGCGAGCAGAACCCAGCAGCUGGAGCAGCUGCGCAUGUCCCGAGGCACCGUGGCAAUGUUGAACGCACACCAACUCGUUGGCCCUGCUGCUCAUCGUGCUGCUCCUGCUACUCCUGCUACUCCUGCUACUCCUGCUGCUCCUGCUGCUCCUGCUGCUCUUGCUGCCAAUGCUGCAUCUACUGCCCCUUUCGCCCCUCCAGCAGGUGAGGGGGCAGGCGAGGGGAGGCGGAUUGCGGAACUGGAGGUGGAUGGAGACUUGCUAGUAGCAGCAAUGAGAAGUGGUGCCUCUCUGCCUGCCUCCCUCACCGUCCUCUCUGUCACCCCGUCCCCAGCUGUCGCUCCCUCCUUCCUCCCUCAACCUGUCCGCCUGGACCUUCCUGCACUUGCAUCGGCCAGCCUUAGGGUGCUUAAGCUCUCUGGUGUUUACAUAAGUGCCAGGAGUGGUUCUGCUCUUAGGAAUGACAGCUGCUCCUGCUUCUUUCCUGACUUGAUGCUUCUGGAGGCGGCGCGAGUCGCGCGCGCGAAGCAGCGCGAGAAAGCGGUGGUGAAGAACCAAUCGCUGGGCCACGCAGAUGCGGGACGUGCCAACUGGCACGCGUUCAUUGGACGGAAUAACCUGGUGUCAGAAAAUGUCGCUGUUGCCUCGGGAACGUCGUCCGCCUUGCCGUCCGGCGAGGAUGACGGUGUUUUUGCCAGCAAGCUGCCGGCUAACCGUUCAGAAUGUCUGGACGGUUCUCCGGGCAAAGGCAAUCUGGAUGAUGGUCCCCGAGGAGGAAUCUUUGGGAAGAAGAUCUCGUUCGGAUUGAAGAAAUCUACUCGGGCCGGUGUUGUUGGUGGUGGCAGCGGCGUUGCUGGUGGUGCUGGUGGUGGUGGUGGUAGCGGUGCCAGUGUGUUGCCCUCGUCUUCUCCUCAGGGCAAAGCGACCCCCCCUACUUACCCGCUUCCUCCGCCUCCCCCUCUAACCAAUGAAGAAGCCGCGUUCUCUCCGCUUCCUCCGCUCCCCCCAGGCCCCCCUCCGGAAAACCCCCUUCCGCCUCCCCUUCCGCCUCCUUCUCCCCUCUCCAGCCUUCCCGCCUAUGGGGGGAGCAACUUCCGCCCAUCCCACUUUGAGAGUGCUCCCCUUGCCGCAGUUCCUCCCCUUCCGCCUGGGCCUCCGCCCAUGACUCCUCCGCCCCCUCCCCCGAUCGGAGUGUCCUUGGAGGAGCGAUUAGCACCUGGGGGAAGCCGGACUGCGCCUCCACCACUGCUCCCAGUCCCCCCAGUUCCCUUGGUUCCCCCGCCUCCCCCAGGUCCCCCUCCCGCCACUCCCCCUCCCCCAGCUUCACCUCCCCCGGACCCAGCCUCAUCCUCGCUUUGUGCCCAUCCCAUUCCAUUUAUUCCACCCCUUCUCUCCGCCCCUGCAUCCAAUGCUGCUGCAUCCGCUACUGUUGCUACUGCUGCUGCUGCUGCUGCUGCUGCUGCCGCUGCUGGUGCUGCUACUGCUACAGCUUCCAGCGAUGCAUCUGGCUGCUACAGCCACAACAGCGUCUCCGGCUCUGAAGCAGUCUGCUACAGCCAGAGCAGUGUUUCCGGCUCUGACGGUUUGACCUGCUUGUGGAACGCAGGGUACUCGAGUGCUGGUGAUGAUGACUACCACACUGUACCCGCGGUUACAAGCGCCUCCCACGUGGUAACCACGUGGUACCUGGUGGUGGACACGAACGUGUUCCUGGACGUGGCUGAGGUGGCAGCGCUCUAUAGGCUCAUUGCCUUUCCCCGCAAUGAGCGGGUGGUGGUGGUGCUCCCGCAUGCAGUGGUGCGUGAGCUGGACGGCAUAAAGGAUGACAAGGAGAGGGCGAGGGGAGUGUACGCCCGGAGAGCCCUGCGCCUGCUGAGGGACGCCCUGGCCAGCAGAGCCCCGUGGCUCAGAGCCCAGGGCGCCCACGAGAAGGCCGAAGUGACUGGGAGCAGCAGCAGCAUCAGCAGUGGUGGCGGUGGUGGCAGUGGUAUUCAGAGGCUUUCGGCUGAUGAUGCGGUGUUGUCUUGCUGCCUCUACUACCACCAGUUUGUUGCUCCUGGCGCUGUGGUGCUGCUUACUGGGGAUAUUGCACUGCAAGUCAAGGAGCAGCCGAGGCGGGAGGAGAUGGAGGGACAGGCCAAGGUACGCUUCUCGACUUUCUUUUACCUUCCUUUUCAACACGCGCCCAUCGGGAACCCAUAUACCAUACCCCUUUCCCCCCCGCCGUCUGCUAUUCCCUCCCUUUUUCUGCUCUCCUCUCCCUUUCUGCUUUUACAGCAGGAGCAGUUUUCAACGGAGCCCACGCAGGCAGCAGCAAUUGGCGCUCCCGGCUACGCAGCAGGAGGAACAGCUGUCUCUGCACCCGGUUACGCUGGCGGCGGUUACGUGGCAACGGCAACAGGCCCAGGCUUCACCUGCACGGCCCAGGAAUUCCCCACUGCAGGGGGAGGCGCGACGGGAGUUGCUGCUGUGACUGAUACCAAGGGGAGGACGAUUUACUACUCCACUACCAUGCAGCCCAUGGGUGUGACUGGCCCGGGUGUGACUGAAACGGGUGUGACUGCUACGGGUGUGCCUGCAAUGGGUGGUGGUGGUGCUAUGGGUGGUGGUACUGCCACUGGUGUGCCAGCAGCAGCAGGUGGGAUGGGGCAGAUGGGGAAGGGGACGGAUAUGAGUGCUAUGGGGGCUGGGAUUGGGGGGGAGAGUCUGGGAACAACUGGGAUGGGGGGAGGGGGAACGGCUGGGGGGGAAGCAGGGGGGAUGGGAGGAGGGAUGGGCGCAACAGGGGGAGGGGAUACUGAGAUGAUGGGAGGAGAUGUGGGGGGGGAGAGCAUUGGCGCAAGGGGGAGUGCUGAGCCUACUGGUGGGGAGAAGAGCCCAGCUACUGGUGCUACGGCUGAGGCGGGAAUGGUGAGGGAUGCUGGGAGUGACGUGACUGCUGGGGGUCAAGUGACUUCAGCGGGUGAUAUCGCCAAGGCGAAGGAGGCUGGUGCUGCUGCUGCUGGAGGGAAGACGGGAGGGGCUGAGACCGGUGGAGAGGGAUUUAUGGGUCGGGAGUCCGAGGCCAAGGCUAUGGAAGGGGAAGGAGGAAUUGGGUCGGCCUAA